CGCUAGAGAAGCGACCGCGUCGCCAGUGACGCCAGUCGCCAUGCCAUGAUCGCGCCAGUAUUCGCGGGGCGUUUUUUCGACGCGGUUCUCCGUGUGUACUCCGUCGUGUCGCGCACAGGCCUAUCCGUCGAGUCGCGUCGUAACGUUCGACUUCGACCCAAUACGACGGGAAUGAUCGGCGGGAGAGCGGCCUACCUCGUUUCGCACGGCCGAUGAAUAUAUCGCGUUGCUCAACAUCGCGCAACGAUCUCGAACGAGGAGCUGAAACGAGGGCUCUCGAAACGAACCGGCGGCAAGUAUAUAGGAACGGUCGACUCGGCGCACCUUCCAGACGCGACUCCUCUUCCCGAAAGACGCGCCUUUUUUCGUCCUUCCGCGAAGUUCUCGGAAAGCUACCGCGAAUUUUCCGAAAAACUUGAUCAACGAGACCGCACAUUCAAUUUGAUGAUAAACGUGUGAAUAAUGCCGGCGAUAAUCGCGCGGUUACGAUUUAUGAGAAUUAUUAUCCUGUGACAGGGGAUUUAUAGCUUCGAUUCCGAGAAGUGCAUCUCGACGGUUUUCAGCUCGGCCUGAUUAUCCUUUGGCUUGACUCCCGAUUAAAAAACAAAACCAAAAAAAAAAAAAAACGCAAGGGCAAAAGACAGAAUGCCGUGGGUGGACUAAAACUUAUCGCUUUUCCCUACGCGCUCUAUGCGGAAAAAUCUUGAUGGGCAGAUUCUUUCCGUAACAACCGCAUUUACAUCUGGGAGGCUCCUCUUCUGCUUUUACGGCACAGGGCGAGGGUGAUGCUUUGUCGCCUUCGACGAUUCGAGAUUUAACUGUGCGAAAGAGCCACAUCGAUGCCAAAGUCGGCAACUAAGUGGAAAUUCUGGAGGAAGUCCAAGAGGACCGUUCUCGAGGAGAACGACCAGAAGGAGAGCAAGCGCAAACGCUCGGCAUCGCCUGUGGUGGUCACACAGGUGAUCAGGCAGGACUACGAUCGAAUACCGGAACAGGAAACCGAGGAGAUCAAGACGAGAAGGACAAUGGAACAUCCGUUGAAUAGUCGCUUAUCGCCGAAAGUCACACCGAUCACGGAAGAUUAUGAGAUCAGCAAUCACGUGCUAGGUCUUGGCAUCAACGGGAAAGUCGUGCAGUGUUAUGACAGAAACACGAGGCAGAAGUAUGCCCUCAAGGUCUUGCAUGACUGCGCAAAGGCACGGAGGGAAGUCGAGCUUCACUGGAGGGCAUCUAACUGUAGGCAUAUAGUUCAAGUGAAAGAUGUAUAUGAAAAUUCCUACAGUGGAAAUAAAUGUCUGCUGGUAGUUAUGGAAUGUAUGGAAGGCGGAGAGUUAUUCCAAAGGAUACAAGAUAGACAAGACGGUGCCUUUACUGAAAGAGAAGCUGCGCAAGUGAUGUACGAGAUUUGUGUCGCGGUAAAACACUUACACGACAUGAACAUCACUCAUAGGGAUCUAAAACCUGAGAAUCUUUUAUAUUCUAACCCAGAUAACACUGGAAUUCUGAAACUCACCGACUUUGGAUUUGCCAAAGAAACACAUUUAAAGGACACGUUACAAACACCAUGUUAUACACCUUACUAUGUCGCUCCGGAAGUUUUAGGACCAGAAAAAUAUGACAAAAGCUGUGAUAUUUGGUCACUGGGGGUAAUCAUGUACAUAUUACUGUGCGGCUUCCCGCCAUUCUAUAGUAAUCACGGAUUGGCGAUUUCUCCCGGGAUGAAAAAAAGGAUCCGAUUAGGACAGUACGAUUUUCCAUGUCCAGAAUGGGCGAAUGUAAGCCAGGAAGCGAAGAAUCUUAUUAAGGGCAUGCUGUGUAUCGAUCCUGCGGAAAGAUUGCAGAUCGACGAUGUGAUGCGUAACAACUGGAUCGCCAAAUACACGGAAGUGCCUGCUACUCCCUUACACACCGGACGCGUUUUACGCGAGGGGGAGGAAAUGUGGCCCGAAGUGCAGGAGGAGAUGACGCGAUCGUUGGCGACAAUGCGCGUCGAUUACGAUACGGCAUGUUUGAAGCAACUUGAUCAUACGAACAAUCCUCUGCUGAAUAAACGACGACGCGCGAAACAGUCCGCGAACAGUGCGACGGUUCCGCCGGCUGCCAGUCCUACAGCCGCAUCCUAGGAACAGGACAGUGCCAGAACCAGACGGAACUGGACUUUUUUUCUACGAAGAUGCAUCAGAUACAGCAUGGUCGUAAUGAGGAUCGUUCUCUGACUGUUGCAUUUUAAGAAGCGAAAAUAAUUCCGGAAUAGAAUAGUAAUAUCGAAAGGCACUUAAAUCAUGUAUUGCACGCACGCACUCCAUUACGCUUAUUAGCGUUUGAUCUAUCGAGAGCGAGAAACGGUAUCUUAUUAGACCAAAAACAAUAAGACGCGCAACAAAGACAAUAUUGCCCCAACGAAUGUAAGUAAAUGCGAUGCCUUUUUAAUUACUGAACGAUAUCACAGUCAUUCUUGACUGGAAAAGAUCCAUUUAAAAAUAUUCUGUGAGAGAAAUAUGCUAUAUUAAUCAACUAUAGGUUUGAGCAACUAUAUACAUAUAUAUGUGGACAAAAGGUAAACAUUAGUUAUCGAGUAUUAAUAUCAUCAUGUUUGUCAUUAGUUCCAUUUUCGUCAGAAAUUAAUAAUUACCAUUAUUUGAAUAUAUAAUGACCUUUAGAGGCAUUAAAAGAAAAUUGGCCGAAUCACUGGAUAGUAUUGUUGAAUGUGUCUUCUCAUUCAAAUUCCAAAACUUGAUAGAUCAUAAUCAAAAAAGUAUCUAAUAAUGAAACUUAAAAAAUAUUCUUUUUUUCUUCAAUAAAACCUGUCUUAUUCCUCCAUUACAUAUCCAUUUAAAAGAAGGAAAUAAAGAAUUAAAGAAUUAUAGCUUGUUACUUUGAAAGAAUCAAGAAAUAUAUUUUUCCAAGAGUUUGUUAUAUAUACCUUCAACAACUGAGCUACUUACUCAAAAGUCAAUAAAUAGUAAUUGGGGAGGGGGCUCUUUCCAUCUUAUUUUAUAUGUUCUGUAAACAUACAUAUAUAUUCUAAAAUAGGUGCCGACUAUUUAAAAAAGAGUUUGUUUUAAUCGGAAAUAUAUAAAAUCUCUAUGCAAAAAUAUAAAUAUAAAAAUAAUAUGAAAAUUAUUUUAUUUGUAUACUAUUAAGACUAGCUAUAGAGAGAGAUAGUUGUAUUCACAUACUUAUCAAUCAUUCUAAAAAAUUUACUUGCUGCUAAUGUAUAAUGAAAUGCGCAAUGUCUGUAUUCUUCAUUGAAUUUUUAAAACAUAAUUAGGAUAUUUUUUACGUAAUAUUGUACUAUCUUCUGCCCGUCCAUAGCCUAUUUUAUAUAAAUAUGUGCAUAAAUUUUCAUAAUUAUUACUCACAUUAAUUCACAAGAACUAUUAUACUGAUACAAUUAAUUCAGGCCAUAGUGAAAUUUAAUUAUUUGUAUUCCAAUAUUUAUCAUAUCUUUAACAUGUAUGAUAUAUAUAUGUUUAAUUAUGUUAGCAUAUAUUUGGACUCUACUUAGAAUUUUAAUCACAACAAUUAUGCUUGAGAGAGAGGCUGAGUAUAUUUUAAUGAUUUAAAUCUGCUUUUUAUUUAAAUCACGAAUAUUAUAUUUUAGAACAAUCGAAUGCUACAAACAAAGUAGAUUUAGCAUAGUAUUUUAGUACUUCAUCAUUAAAAAUAGUAAAUGUGGAAGUUGUAUAUAUUUUUACUUAAUAUUAUUCGAAGCUAUUGCGUCUCUACGAUUGUGUAGAAGAAUUAGAGAUUCAGAAGAUUUAAAAAAUGGAAUCUAUAAAUUUAGUCAACGAAUUUUCAAUAUCUUAAACAUAUAGCGUGAUAUUCUAUCAAUUAUAAUACAAUUAAUGACUGGUAAAUUAAACGAGAAAAUGGAAGAGUUUCACGUGCCUAUAAUUUUAAUUAAAAUCAAAUUGUCGUAUUGUUAUGGAUACAUUCUAGAAUAUUUGCGCAUGCGAUAAUUGUCAAUAAAAUAUAUAAUAUUGCGCAAAGAGAGUAGUAACUUAUAAUAUUUUUAAAGGGAGUCAUUUUUUGGGUAUAUACCUAACAUGAUAUAGAUGUAUGUGUAUGUGAGAGAGAUAUAUUUAUAGAAAACUUAUAGGAAGAAUUAUUGGAAAAUUCCAAAUUAAAAUAUAUUAUAUGGAUAAUAUAAGUUUUUAAUUGUAUAGAGUAUACACAGUUCCUCGUGUUCUAUAUUGAUUAAAUAAAUUAUAUUCGUAAUAAUGAAAUAGCGUGCACACAAUCCACAUACAUGCUAGUUCAAUUUGGACAGUUAAUAAGUUCCGUAGCAAGAUAUUUUUAUAAUAAGUCGGAUUCGACUUGCAUUUACAAAAAAAAAAGGACAAUAAUUAAACAUUCUUUCAGACCAUCAUUACUUAGUUACUUGUCCAAUUGCAAUUUUCUAUAUCAUAAUGAUAAAAUCAUGUAUUUUUAACGUGUGACGACGCUGCAGAUUUCCAUAGGCUAUAACGUUUAUAUGUAUAAUCACAAAUAAUGUUAUAAUUAAAA